AUGAAGAGAAAUACUGCUAGUGCUCCGCAUUUGUCGCCGAGGCGUGAUGAUGAUGUGAAAAAGCCAAAAAUCGAAAAAGAAGAGGACAAGCCAGCAUCUGCAGCCCCAACCGGCAGAGAAAUCAUAAGCAAUUAUCUGAAUGGCGAUGUCACCGCUGCGGUCCUCUACAGAAAAAUCUGCAAUGCGUUGGAAACUUUCGAGCAAUGGGAGCUGGAAGCCCCAAAACUACAAAUUCUAGAGCAAUUUUUAGGAUGUGCCGAUGUUAUGGAAGCUAGAACCGACGAUUUGGUCAAACGACUUUUGGCACUUCGCUGGGAUAAAAUUCCACAAUCGGCUAUCGAGAGAUUCCGCACUUUUCUUUGCGAGUUGGCGAUUCGACACCUUUGUUUUACGGAGCAUGUUUAUACGGCGGUGGUGCAACGUUUAGUUCCACAGGUUUCAUCUGACGAAUCGACGGGAAUUGUGAGCUUUGUGUUGACGGAGGAGAAGCAAAAUGAGCACUUUGAAAUGGCUCAUAUUAUUCUUUCCAGUGUUAUUCGCUGCUUCCCAUUAUCCGCCAAAUCGCUCUUAAAAUGCCUCCGCAAGGCGAUGCCACACUUCACUCAACCGCCUGUCGCCGUUUCGGGAUACAUGAGAAAUUUGAUGUUGAUGCAGAAAUAUGUGCCAUUAAGUAUCACAAAGGAUGUCUGGGAGACGAUUUUCGAGAGGUUGGCUAAGGAUGAUGCGCACAACUGGCGAUGCGAGCAGAACGAAGAAGAAAGCAAGAGCCCCCGUUUGUUCGCGCUCAACGACGAUAUUCUGAUUGAAGACGUCAUCGAAACCACCAACGAUUCUGAAGACGUCACGCCGAAACUUCUGGAGCAACGUAAAGGAGAGCAGACGAUGCAGUACCUGGACGCCGUCUGCACCGACGUCAUCGCAUUCAUCAGGCAUUCAGAAGGCGUUGAUGCUCAGGAAAACGAGGAAAAAGGCCAGAAAAUCGAGGAGAAAUGGUUGAGAACGUUCAAAAUCAAAGGAGACAAAGUGCUGGCCCCCGAGAAUUUGUUCGACACAUUUUUGGAGGUUUUGGAGUCCACGAUGCUCAAUGCUACUCAUGUUCAAUAUGUGUCCUUCAUCUGGUUAUAUUUCGGAUCGUUGAAAGAAGAAUACGAGCAGAAAGUUCUCGAACAUCUCUGGCAAGUGACCAUAAGAAUGCCGAGAGCACCGGCGGAUUCGAAGAAAAGUCAAGGAGCCGCGGCGUAUUUGGCAGCGUUUUUGGCUAGAGCCAAAUAUGUGAAAAAGGAUGUCGCCUUCACCUGGCUCGAGGAAAUCUACACGUGGCUCAAGCGCUACGUUGUUCAAUUCGGCUCCGGAAGCUCACAGAUCCUUCCAGGCCUCCAUCGACACGGAACCUUCUACGCUAUCUCGCAGGCGUUCUUCUUGGUCUUCUCGUUCCGAUACAAAGAGUUUGCCAAGAAUCAGGAAAUUCUGGAAGCAAUGCGUCGUUGGGGAGUCGGCCGUAUCGUUCAUUCGCCACUAGAGCCAUUGAGAUACGUGUCGAAGCCGGUGGCCAGAUGCUUCUCGGCUAUUACAAGAUCGCUGCAAUUGGUGUACUGUAACCACGUGAUUCCGAUUGAAGACGUCCAGCGACCAUUCGAAGACAUGUUUCCGUUUGAUGGGUUCCAUUUGAAAGUAAGCAGUCAAUUCAUCACUCCAUUAAUGCGAAAGUUCUCGCCACUUGCUGAGGAUAUGACCACUUUGACCAAAGCGUUGUGCUGGAAUACGGCUGGUGGUGAUAAGUCGGAUAAGAUGACCGAGGCGACAUCAAGUUCAGAAGGUCUAGAUUUUCUGGAUGAGGAGGAUGUCGUGUUGAGUUCAGGAGGAUUCCGUGAGCGCACCUUCUCAUGUGGCCAAAGUUCCCUUAUCAACUACUCUGCAACACCGGGACUCAAGAGUUUCAACGUCUAA